AUGGAGCUGCCCGCGGUGCCCCAGCCCUGGCGCUACUGGCUGCUGCUGGGCUCCUAUGGGCUCUUCCUGCUGCUGGGCACCGCCGUCUUCGUGGGCGUCGAGGCGCCGCAGGAGGCCGGGCUCCGGGAGGCGCUGCGGGGCGCCAGGGCCGGCUUCGUGCGCCAGCACCAGAGCUGCCUGUCGGAGCCCGGCCUGGAGCGGCUGCUGGAGCGGGUGCUGGACGCCGAUAGCUACGGGAUCUCCGCGCUGGGCAACGUCUCCGACGACGAGAACUGGGACUUCAGCUCGGCGCUGUUCUUCGCCGCCAGUGUCCUCACCACCACGGGCUAUGGCCAUACGGUGCCCCUGUCGGAUGGGGGGAAGGUUUUCUGCAUCUUCUACACCCUGCUGGGACUCCCAGCCACCCUGCUCCUGGCCACCUGUCUCCUGCAGCGACUCAUGGGGCUGCUGAGCCACCGGCCCGUUCAGUAUCUUCACACCCACUGGGGCAUCUCUUCAGGCCAUGCAGCACUGGGACACGCAGCUGCCAUGGGACUGGGUGUACUGGGGCUUUUUAUCCUGCUGCCAGCCCUCUGCUUCUGGGCCCUGGAGAAUGGCUGGACCUUCCUGGAGUCUGUCUACUUCUGCUUCAUCUCGCUCAGCACCAUUGGGCUUGGGGACUACGUGCCAGGUCGUGGCAGCCCCUCCUCGCUGCGCCAUCUCUACAAAAUCAGCAUCACCUGUUACCUUCUCCUGGGGCUCCUGGCCAUGCUGCUGGCCCUGGAGACCAUCUAUGAGCUGCGCGAGGUCCACAGCCUUGUCCGAUUCUUCGCCCCUCCACGGGCCCCUGCCUCCCCCUCCAGUGAGGACGAUGACCAGAUGGAGAUCCUGAGCCGUGACCAGCUGGGCCUGGCUACUGUCUGCGGGGCCACCCCCUCUGGGAGCCAAGCGGACAGCGAGGCAGAUGGGAGAGUGGCACCCCAUGAUGGCCCCUCUGGGUAA